AUGCUAAAUAAGUUGGAUACCAAGCAGAUCCAUAAUACCUUGCCUAAUUCAUCUCACAGUAUCGAUAUUACACCAAACAAUUCUUUGACAGUUCAAAACUUAUAUCAGGAUACACAUGAGGAUGUUGAAAAUCCACUUGAAUGUUCUGUUGAUGACACUCUGAAAACGUCGGGAAAGUUUGAGACCUCUAUUAAAAGUUCUAAUUCUCAAGAACCUACUAUAAUACCUCGACACGAUCGUAGGGGACUUUUCAGUAAUUUAAUUUUACUGGAUGAAUUGGCCAACCCUAUUGAGUAUGGAUCAUUAAAAAAAACGUUCAUAUUAAUUAUAAUUGCAUAUGCUGCCAUUAUUGGCCCAAUGGGUGGUUCAGUAUUUUUGCCCGCAAUAGAGGAAAUUUGCACAGAAAUGAAAGUAGGAAAGGAUGUGGUAAAUAUUUCUUAUGGUAUCUAUGUUCUAUCUCUAGCCUUUUUCCCUCUGUGGUGGUCUAGUUUUUCCGAACAGUUUGGACGUCGAAAUAUAUAUAUUGUUUCUUUUGUCGCUUAUCUUUGUUUUCUUGUUGGAUGUGCUUUAGUCAAAAAUAUAGGCUCAUUAAUGGCACUUCGCUUUCUUGCAGGUGGAUGUGCUGCUUCAGUUCAGGCAGUUGGGGCAGGCACAUUGGCUGACAUAUAUAUUCCCACAGAAAGAGGUUCAGCAAUGGGAUAUUUUUAUCUUGGUCCUUUGCUUGGGCCUAUGCUUGGACCUAUAUUUGGAGGCUUAAUUGUUGAAAGGUGGGGAUGGAGAGGCACACAAUGGUUUCUUGUUAUUAUAACUGGUUCCAUUAUUCUUAGCAUUGUCUUUUUUUUACCUGAAACUUUACAUCGAAGAGUGCGGUCAACAUCUACGCCAAUAACAUCGGCAAAAGAUUUGGAGAAUAAUCCAGUUGAUACCGCAAAUUUGGAAAAAAGUCAGAAAGAAAAUCCUGAUUUAUCUCCAUUUUCGAAAAACAGUUUACUAAUUCAAGAACCAAGUUCUCUAAAUACCAAAAAAGUAUUGGAGCCCUCAAGGCAAAAAGAGUGUAUAAAUAGUAAACGCCGCAUGUCUAUUUCAUCUCUUAUGAGCCAGCUUCCAGUAGAUGAUCUAGAUAAUUCUAAUGUAGGUGAUACAUUUUUGCCAAUGAUCCCCUCCCCUUCUCGUGUCUUGGAAAUGGAGCCUGAAGCAAGCAAUCUCAAUUUUCAAGAAUCAGACAAUAAAAACACUAUUACUGACCUUGAAUACCAGGUUUCUGAGCUAGAAAAAACUCAGAAAAUCAAAACAACAGCAUCUGAAAAAGAACGACGACUACUUAAUUCAAGCGGGCAGGUUGAUUUUCAAUCUUUAAGAUUUAAUGAAAAACUUGAAUGGCUAAUUAUUCGGCCUCUUUUUACCUUUAGAUUUUUACAAUACCCACCUGUGACCUUAACAAUUAUCUAUGGCUCAAUAUGCUUUAUGGUGUUAUAUUUUUUAAACGUGGGGAUAGAAACUUUAUAUUCGGCAUCUCCUUAUGAAUUUAAUUCCAUUUAUGUUGGACUCUGUUAUAUCCCUAAUUCAAUAGGCUACAUUAUUUCAAGUAUUGUAGCUGGUAGAUAUAGUGAUUUUGUUGUUAGAAGAGAAAAAAAAAAGUUAGGGUAUUUUAAUGCAGAGUCACGAUUUGCAGAGCAUGUUUUACUUGCUAUGAUUUUAUAUCCCAUAUCUAUUAUUUUGUUUGGAUGGACUGCAUAUUAUAAAUUACAUUGGGUAGUGCCAUUGGUAGGAAGUUUCUUGUUCGGCCUAUCGUCUAUGGUUGUCCUUGGUAAUUCAGCAACUUAUCUCAUUGAUGCUUUACCUGGUCGAGGUUCAUCAGGUAUCGCUCUUAACAAUUUUGUUCGCUUUAUUUUUGCUGCUAUCGCUACCUUUGUUGCAGAGCCGAUGAAAACGGGGAUGGGAUUUGGAUGGAUGUACACAUUUCUUGGGCUGCUUGCGGUUGUUUCAUCUAUUGCAAUUUUUUCCAUUAGAAAAUGGGGAAAUAAAUGGCGCAAUGAAGCUGAUUUUGAAAAAAUGUAUAGUCUCAUUUGUUUUGUUCUUUUGCUUCUUUCCACAAUCAUUUGGGGAUUUGUUGCUACUUCAUGUUUUAGUACUUCGGAUACAUUUGCAAGAAUGCAUAUGGUGAAUCUGCGAUACAAUUUCAAUAGCACUUUACUUCAAGAACAUAUUUCCACCACUGAAAUAUUUGGGAAUGAUAUUAAAGUAUUGGUUGGUCUUAAAGGACUUUGUUCAAGAGAUAUGACAGCAAUAAACGGGGUAUCGGAAAAUCUGAAUAAAGGCGAGCUUCUUUGUAGUAGGGGAGGCGAUAUUUCCAAACUUCAUCAAAUCCCAAAUGUUACAUUCUACGAUGAAGAUACAACCGUUAUCGACUCGUUCUCUCUUUACACUAUUGCCAGCAAAUUCAAAAAGCAUGCCUCCCAUUAUGGACUUGUGUUAACAACUUGUAUUGUCAAUUGCAUUGCUCUGAUGGUGUUGGUGUUUUAUGGAUUUAUUGCAGUUAGUCACGAUAAUAUCAUCAAUUAUUCAGCACUGAUUUUAUUGGUAAUACAAGGUUUAUUGUCGUUCUUAACAGCCUUUCUAAUAUCUUCCUCUAUACGAUCAUUUUGCUAUAUUUUGGGAGCAGGGAACUUUCAUAUGGUGAAUUGCAGAGGAAGAGCAAUGCCUAUUGGUAUUUCAUGGCUUGCUACUUGUGCAUCUCUUACCGUUUCAUGCUUUGUGUUGAUUCUCUAUUUUCGUGGAAGAGAUGAGUCGUUAAAAGAAAAAGCUUAUCGUGAAGGCGAAAAAGUGGAAAAGGUUUGA